AUCCCGGUGAAGCUUCACUUCAGGUUGUGUUGAUGUGAAUUUGGCGACUUUACACGGAGCUGCUUGUCCAUAACGGGGCGUUACCAAGUUUUUUGUUUUUCUUUUCUUUUUUCCGUCUAUUUCCCCGUCACGCAGAAUCGGGUCGGAUUUUUGUACUUUGUAAAUAUUUAGUCAGAGUUCCGACUCGUGAUGGAGCUGAAUUCUCUGUUAAUCCUGCUGGAGGCUGCAGAGUAUCUGGAGAGAAGAGACCGAGAGGCUGAACACGGUUAUGCAUCAGUGUUACCCUUCAGUUCAGACUUCAGCAGGAAGAAAAAAGCACAGCUGCUCUCACGCAGACCAAGUAACAACAACAACAACAUCAACAACAACAACAACAGAUCUUCACACAAUGAGUUGGAGAAACACAGACGUGCUAAGUUACGUCUCUAUCUGGAGCAGCUGAAGCAGCUUGUGCCUUUAGGACCUGACAGUACGCGACACACAACCCUGAGUCUGCUCAAACGGGCCAGGAUGCACAUCAAGAAGUUGGAGGAACAGGACAAGAAAGCAGUGAAUGUGAAGGAGCAGUUGCAGAGGGAACAUCGCUACUUAAAGCGUCGCCUCGAACAACUCUCACUGCAGCGCAUUCGCACUGACAGUAUGGGCUCUACCAUCUCUACUGACUCAGAGCAGGAGGUGGACAUUGAGGGGAUGGAGUUCACCCCAGGUGAUGGAGACAGCAUGGAUGGAGUGAGCGACCCUGAGGAUCACUACAGCCCAUGCAGCUUUUAAUCCAUGUCACUCUGUCCAUCCUUCCCUGUUCUCUGAGAAGUGGGCCGUUCUGUUCUUCCUGUACUUCCUGUUUCCUAUAUAUCCGUCUCUGAAGAACAAUCUGCAGUCUGUUCAUCCGGCUCUGAACUCUCACUACACCUCCUGAGUGUAAACCAAUGAAACGAGUGCCCUAGUGAGAAAGUGUGUGUUAGAGACGCUGCCAUCUUAAAACAGGCUGGAUCCACGAGGUGAAUGACGUAGCAUUUAGCACACUACACCUUGCACACUUCUCACACUAAACACAAAACCUUUUCAAAUGUUCAAAAAUACCACUCAAAUAAGUUUCAUCACUAAUUUAAUUAUUAAGCUCUGUGUGAAUUAGCAGUGUAAUAAUUAGCAAAAACAAACUGAGGAUGGCUCAGUCACCACGCACAUGGGCUGUUAUAUUUCAUCAGUCAUCUUGAUUGUGUCAUCACCAGUAACAUUUAUUUUACUCCUUUCAUUAGACUUAAGAGUUACCAUGAAAUUACAGUAUAUAUUAAUUUGAAAAACAGCCUAACUACUUAGCACAGCUAACUUUUGAUAUUAUGCAGCUAUCUAACGAUAACAAUACUUGUGAAGGCAUAUAAUCAACAUUGUGAUCGACUGAUCAGCUUUAACUGGUUCCUCCCCAGUGACUGAGGCCUGAGGUGUGUCACUCACAAAAACACAUAAAUAUAAAGAAGUGUGUCCCGGCCAAAUCAGGAUCCAGCCCUUUUUUUCUCAGUAGCAACAUGAUGUAGCAAUAACGCCAUUGUGUGUGUGUAUAAUUCACUAAUGCACUCACACACACUCGAUGCAGCGUACAAACACACACUCCUUACACAGUGAUGUGUCAGAGCCGGAUGCUAGCUUGUAGUACAGAUUAGCAUGCAACUACAACACAGUAUGUUAAUUUGCAGUAUUCUUUGUGGACACACACACCUCUCUGUCUAUAUCAUUAACCCAUCCCAGAAUUUUAGCUCUUCCAGUAAUAUCACCUUGGUUUGGUCUCAUUCUAACUAGUUACCUGUAGAGGUGCAGUGUGUAUGAUGUCAUCAUGAUAGCCACGCCCCUUCACUUGAUGGGCGGGGGAAAAAAGACUAUAUACAACAGUGUAUAUUAAAUAGAAGUGUAUAAAAUUGUGUAGGUCACCCAAUGUGACUUUAGCUCUAUAUUUCUGUCAGAAUUUUUUUUUAUUCUAUUUUCCUAAAAUGCAAAAGACCAAAAAAAAAAAAUAAAUAAAUAUAAAUACUUACAUAUAUGAUUAUAUACAAGAAAUGACAGGCUGAACUCUGCCAUCUUUCUGUGCCUUGGUCAUGUCCCAUUCCUCUGCUUAUACACUUCCCUUUACUCCCUACACCCUACUCUUUAUUACCUACUCAGGUCUACUGCCCCAGUUACAGAUGGAGAGUCUGGCUUACUGUUUCCCAAUUCAACAUGCAGAACAUGCACUAUAGAGUGUCCUUUGUAAAAAACCUGUAGGACAUGGCCUGGGUGUGUCUCAAUCCAACAUGUAUACCAUAUGUUUAAGGACAUCCCCUUCUUAUUAUGCCCUGUCCUCGGGUUUGUUUCAUUUAGCAGACUCAUCAGACUUUGCCAAACACGGUGUGUUUCUUUGUUCCCAUCCAGAAUGUAGACUGAACUUUCAUCAUCCCUCCAGGAGUCAUGUCUCAUUCCUCAUCUUGUUGGCUUCCUCAUAUCCUAGAGCCCUACUCAGGUCUCCUUCCUGCACACACUCACAGCCCACAUCCUCAGACAGAACAGGAUAUUCUGCUGGGGUGUGUCCCAAUCCAACACAUGGACACCUUCCUCGCCUCUUUCAUACUCCUGUGGUUGUGGUCUUUACGCUUAGUGCAGAGGAAGACACUGGGAGAAGAUUGAUCAUGGCAGCUCGGGCUUUUCUUCCCUCUCUCACCUUCUCCUAGUGAACUUCCUCUUACUAGUAGAGAUAACUAGUGUUAACUCCUGCCGAGGACGAUUGUGGGUAAUCUAGUCCCUCUGAUGAGCAUAGUGAAGGUAGUGUGUGACAGACUGGUCUGAGAUCAGUGUGAAUGGGCAGCUUUCAUCACGAGGAACACACACACACACACACAAACACACACAUGCCCCUACCUCUCUCACAGAUCUUCUUGCUAGUGUGGGUGGGAAUUUAGUGAGUGAGACAGAAAAAGAGAAAGGGUCACAAAGUCCGAGAGUGAGACAGCGAGACAGAGAGUUAGACAGUUCUAAUGCAUUCCUAUUAUAACGCCCUAAAGCACUUCCACUUUUAUUUCACAGCACUAUUAUUUUCACUUUUAUUUUAUAUUUGAAUUUUUUUUUUAAUCAUAAUUUGUCUUCCUGUAACCUGUCAGUGUGAUGAGAGUGGGGUCAGAGGUCAGAAGGGUUCUGUGCCAGACACCUGUUUAUACAGGAUGUGUAACAUACAUUUAAAUUUAUUUUUGUGCUUGUUUACACACACACACACACACACACACACACACACACACACACACACACAGGUGCUUGUGUACUGAACAGUGUACUAUACUGAAAUAAACCUGAUUUUAUACGCA